AGCAGCGUAGCUGUUAAGUUGUUGUUUUGUUGUCGUAAGCAUAAUUUUGGAAACUUAAAAAAGUGCGUGCAAAUUAGUAGACACGCGGGAAAGUUACACCUGCAUAGCUUCUAGUAUUUAUAGGCGGACAUACGUGGGAUGUAUUUGCGACUUGAAGAAGCUAAAGUUAGUCUGGGAUAACAAUUAGCGCACACUAACUAUUUUGAAAUAGCGCUGAAUGGAUAACGACAAAACAAUAUUUUAAGUGUACAUAAAUAUCUCAAUCUAAAAUACCUCUAAAAUAAGUCGGCAAACAUACAUAUGUAUGUACAUAGUUAACCGAUAAACAAUCGCAACAACAACAGAAUGGAGCAUAAAACAAUGCAAAAUGAAAAUAACAACAACCACAAUCACAAUAGCUAUGGUCAUGAUCGGCCAGCUUCACCACAACUAACUAAGUUAAUAAUACCAGCGAAUAGCGAAAAAUCAGCGCUUGCAAAAACAUAUAAUACACCACAAAUCGUCGAAAAGGGUGCGACGACACAGAAACCUACAAAAAAGAAGAAGCGUCGGGAUAAAAGUGAUUUGGGCGAUGAUUUUGUAGCUCCCGAUGGCGGUUGGGGUUGGCUGGUCACCAUUGCCAGUGGCAUUGCUGUGCUGGUGACAUUUGGCUUGGCACAACAAUUCGGCAUUAUCUUUCGAGAUUAUAUGUACAGUAUUGGUAUCACCAGCUCACAACUGACGACAAUUAUCAACACACAGAUUGCCGUAUCGGCGUUGACAGGUCUUCUAAAUGGGCCCCUAUUUCGAAGGUUUACAUACCGCCAAGUGGCACUUGGCGCUUCAGCGCUUAUCUUCCUUGGCAUGUUUUUGUCAGUAUUCGCCCAGUCAUUCCUCUUUUAUAUGAUGUCUUUCUCAUUCUUUUACGCUUUCGGUCGUGGCCUCAUGGUUUCAGCUUCUUCGAUGGCAGUCAACACUUUCUUUAAAGUGAAACGUCGUACUGCGACCUCUUAUCAGUUUGGCGUAGCAGGCAUGGGUCCAAUUAUAUUGCCACAUGUUGCCACUAUUCUUACCCAAUCGUUGGGCGUGAAAGGCACUGUACUAAUUUUCUCCGGUCUCUCAUUGCAUAACUUCGCCUGCUCGCUGAUUUUCCAGCCCGUGCAAUGGCAUGUGAAAAAAGUAAAAGGUGACGCUGAGGCAUUGCAUUCACAGUCGCAGCACUUCGAAGAUGAAGAGCCCGAGCAAUUUGUUGAGCCGGAUACACAUAGUUUGGCACGCGCCAACGAUGGCUGGUUUGGGUCGCGUACCUCGAUAAACACUUUGACCACACGACACCGACUCGGCACUGGCGAUAGCGUUCAGAUGCAGCGUUUGAGGCGUUUAAGCAGCGUUGGCGCUGUCAAAGGUAAACAACGCUCCUUCUCGACCACUGAGAGUAUCAAAGAAGAUGAAUUGGAGCAUUUGCAUAUUGAAUUAGUGUUGCCGGCUAAGCUGGAGAAUUUAGAUGAAGGAUGGAUUGCAGUGCCACAAAAACCACAGCAACAGCAGGAGCACGAGCUGCUUACGGGAAAAGAAAGCGUGGUACCCGAAAAGACGAUAGCUGAAAUGAUAGAGGAUGAAGAGGAGGCGCGUCAGAAGUUGCCAUUCUACCAGAAAGUCAUCAUCUUCUUCGAUUUGGAUUUGCUGCGCGAUUUCACUUACGUCAACUUGGCUAUGGGCAUGACAAUAAUCAACUUUGUGGAAAUUAAUUUCGCUAUUUUAACGCCAUUCAUUCUAUCCGAUUUUAAGUUCACCAACACACAAAUCGCGUUCGCCAUGUCCUCCCUGGGGGUUUGCGAUGUCAUUUUGCGUUUCCUUACGCCACUGCUUACUGCGAAAAUACCGCUGAGUAACAAAAAUUUCUUCAUCGUUGGCAUUUUGGGCAUGUGUUUCGGACGCGUCUUUCUCGUUUACUGUCGCAACUUCUAUUCGUUAAUUGGUAUUUUUGGAUUUUUGGGCCUCUUCAAAGCGUUUCGCACAAUCUUUGCGCUCCUCAUAAUUCCAGGCUAUGUGCCAUUGAAACGAUUGCCCGCUGCUGCCGGUCUGCAAUUGCUGAUGUCCGGUAUUUUCUCGCUGGUCUUCGGACCACUGGUCGGUCUCAUACGCGAUGCGACGGAUUAUGGUUACACUCUGCAUUUUCUUAACGGACUCAAUAUCAUAGCCAUUACCUUUUGGAUAGUCGAAGAUCUAUUGCGUAAGAACAAGAAGACGACGUUGGAAUAAUAUCAUUCUUUUGUGCCACCGUUUUAUGGUUCCUGCCAUAUUUCACAAAACUAUAAAUAGAUAUCCUGCAUGUAAAGGAUCAUUUGUACAUAUCUAAAAUUGAAGACACCUUAAGCAGUGCCUUUAAUAAUAUGGCUCAUAAGCUUUAAAAGUUCGCACAAAUACUGUGUUGAAAUUUUCCUAAACCAUAUUUCUUUUUGUAAGCAAAUGUAUUCUAGUAUUCUAUUCUAGAUAGGUAAUUACUUUAUAAUGACUGCUGUUACCAGGACUGCCAAUUACCUUAGCUAUGAAGUGCCGCAUUGAGGAUU